AUGAUUUUAUUUCUAAUAAAUAACUGGUGGAUACUUAUUCACUUGUCUUUCUCCGCAGAAUUUGUGGUACACCUCCUGGACAAAACAAUUGCAAGCUCUUUUAAAGGAAGAGAGAUUGGGAAUGAAAAGUUGCUUGGAAUUCUUGAUCUGGAACACAUAACAUAUAAGAACAUUGAUGCACGUGGAUUGAUCACUGGAUUUCAAUUUUUACAGUCAUAUUACCCUGAACGUUUAGCAAAAUGCUAUAUUUUGCACAUGCCACGGUUCUUUGUAAGCGUUUGGAGGAUGGUUUCUUACUUUCUCGAGAAGGCAACACUAGAAAAGAUUGUGAUUGUGACGAACGAGGAUGAAAAUAGAAAUUUCAUACAAGAAGUUGGCGAAGAAAUUUUGCCAGAAGAAUAUGGUGGAAGAGCGAAACUAGUAGCUAUACAAGAUGUUGUAUUGCCGCCCUUGGAUGGUUGAAUCCACAGCAGCCUCAGAAGUUUGGUAAUACAACUUCUAACUUCUGAAAAGAUUUGUAUAAACCUUAAUCUUAUAACAUGUAUUAUUCUACAUCCUGGCAAAACCAUUUUAAUCUAAUCCAUGAACUUUGAAAAGUGGUAUACGUUUAUACUUUCUUGGAAUCUAGUUAAGUGAAAUACAAUAAACCAUUUUAUUUA